GCUGUUUCUUGACAAAGAAAAAAGAACAAAGAGCGUAAAUAAAUAAAACUGCUUCUUGCUAUCAUAAUUUAUUUCAUUUCAUGUUUCUGAAUUAUUAAAAAUUAAAACUUAAAGUCCGUAUAAAUAAAAUGGUUACCAACGUUUUCGUUUCGUCACCCAUAGCGCCUUCUGCGCCACAAGACGACAUUAUUUACCAAGCUCCUUCAGUUAAAUUAAUAGUUUAUGACAAGGAAAUUGGUACUGGUACGCUACAUGUAACUAGAAGCAACGUAGUGUGGAGUACAGCUGUGUCACCAGCUCCUAGAAUCUCUCUCCUGUAUCCGACCAUCUCUUUCCACGGCAUCCAGAGACACCCCUCCCCUGCCCUGUAUGUGAUCAUCAAUUAUGAACUCAAGUCUGUGUUUCCCAACCUGGCUCCACAGCCCACCAGUAACGAGGAUAAUGAUGAUGACUACGAUCCUGAAGACCAGCCCAUCACUCAGUUGAGAUUCGUACCACAGAACACCAGCGACCUUGAAGCUCUCCACUCAGCUCUAGACGAGGGGCAGACGCUGCACCCCGACCCCGCCGACGAGGUUUACGACGAUGAGAAUUUCGAAGGAGACGUCUUCGACUCAGCUGCUGAUGUCUUAGAGGAGGUAAUGUUUGCCAACACGAUGAUGGUGACAAGACUGCAAAUAGACGAACUGCAGCCCUCUAUAGAGGAUUAUCAAGGAGAUGAUGAUGAAGAAAGAGGAUGAACAAGAACAUUUUAAGUUGUAAAUAAUCUUAAAUACAUACAUAUAAAAAUAGCACCGCGCCUGUAUCCCCGAAGGGGUAGGCAUAGUGUUUUUUUAUUUUAUUUUACAAUAAAAAUAAUACUAAUAAAAUUAGGAGGCGUCUGCAGGAAUCGGGGCCAAUGUGUUAUUUGAUUAACAUUAAAGAGUUUUUUAUUUAA